AUGCAAGAGGUGGCCGAAGUAGUUUUAAGGGUGGACUUCAAGGUGGAUCCGGUAGCAAUAAUGACCGCGGGAAGAUUUGCUUCGUGUGUAAAAAAGUGGGGUGCUAGUCCACAUGGCACAAACCAAGCGAUCGCCAAGGAGGAAUCAAUAGCUGGCGGACGUACAUGGCUGAGAAUGAUCUCCCUGCUGACAAUGAUACCCUGGGUAUGUUGA